AUGGCAGCAACCUCUCCAUUAACUGUCAUUACACCAAAAUCCCGUUACCUGCAAACCUUCAAAACCAGAGCUUCAUCUUCACGACAUUGUGCUACAAAUACCAUUUCCAGUGUUAAAAAGCAAAUAUUCCAAGUGGGCAUUGGACUUUUGGCCGCUUCUGUGGUGGCAGCCACCCCUCUGGAAGCUGAAGCCACCAGAAUAGAGUACUACGCCACUUUUUCUGAGCCUUCUUGUGAGUUCAACUUCGUUCGUUCGGGACUUGGAUACUGUGAUUUGGCUGUUGGGUCUGGAGAGGAGGUUCCUUUCGGUCAGCUUAUCAAUGUCCACUAUACUGCAAGGUUUGCGGAUGGAAUAGUAUUUGAUAGCAGCUAUAAACGUGCUAGACCCCUUACCAUGCGCCUUGGUCUCGGCAAGGUCAUUAAAGGAUUAGAUCAGGGAAUCUUGGGAGGUGGAGGUGUACCCCCAAUGCAAGUUGGUGGUAAACGUAAGAUUCAGAUCCCUCCACAUUUAGCAUAUGGACCUGAACCAGCCGGCUGCUUUUCAGGGGAUUGUAACAUACCUGGAAAUGCAACGCUUGAAAUAAAGAUCUGUGAAUCUAAGCAUCAAAACCAAGAGAUGGCUGGUGCUAUUCGUGUCAAAAUUUCUAGAAAUUUAUGUACCCUCAAUAGUUAA